UGUUCAUCAAGAAAGGGUAGAGUGUUUAGGUUUCUUAUCAUGUUUUUGUCAGAAGUACUUUCUCUUAAUUUAUUUUUUAAGGCAGCCAGGACCUUGACGUUAAUCAUACACAGAGUAAUGGCAGGGAGUGUUUAAAGCUGAGGAGAAUUUUGAGUCUGCUUGCUUGAAAAUAUUGUGGCUGUUCAGGUUAAACAGCCGUAGUAGCUUUUUUUGGCUGCACUUCAUGCGUGUUUCACUUUGAUUUGAUUUCAAAUAACCAAAUGACCGGACAAAAUGAACCAGGGUUUAUAAAGAGGAAGAAGCGUUCCGGGGAUCUCUCGAGAGCACCCACAGUGACCAAUCCUGUUUUCUUAUUUUUUCUAUUCAAAAUUAUUCUGAUCUGUUUAGUUCCAUAUUUUUUUUGGUCAUUCAUAAGAAGGCAGCUAAGUUAAGGGUGGGGGAAGAGAAGAUCCUUUUACAGAACUUUGCAGGCUAUGAGAGAACUCAUUCCAUACAGCUUCAGUGAACAACUACUGGAUGUUGAAUUGUCAAGAGAACCAGGAAUGCUCCACAGGACUAAAUAUAGUCGUUUUAGAAAUGAGUCCCUCACAUCACUGGAGGAAGACACGUCGAGUGAUCUUCUUCGUCUGAAGGGUUCUUCAGCUUCUCCUUCCGCUACACCUAACACCCCCACUGAAGAUGUCCCGGUUGGUACCUCGGACAGCUCCAUUCCUUUGUGCACCUUGGUACCUCGCAUGGCAAGUGUUAAGCUGGCCAACCCUUCCACCUUACCAACCUUGAAGAAUUUCUGCCUGCGAACUAAAGAGGUGCCAAGACUUAAACUCACAGAAUGUGUCACUGUCCCAACCAGCCCAAAUGUGCCAGAAAUCAGGUUAAGCAGCUGCCUGUCUACUGCUUAUUCCCAGGGAGAACCAGACAAGGCAUUCAGGUCAAACACCCAAGAGAACUGCAUUUUGUUAGGUUUGGAAGAAUCUGCCUUCCUGUCUAAACCAAGAAAAGACCUUGGACUAAAGGGUGAAUCCAGUUUGGACACUGGGAUAUCAUAUGCUGCCCGCUAUAUGGGCUGCAUUGAAGUAUUGCAAUCAAUGAGAUCUUUGGAUUUUGGCACUCGGACACAAGUGACCAGGGAAGCAAUAAGUCGUUUGUGUGAAGCUGUGCCAGGAAUACAUGGGAACACAAAAAAACGGAAGCCUCCAGCUAAAUUCCUGUCUCCUGUGCUCGGCAAAAGUAAUCUUCAGUUUUCUGGCACACAUAUAAAACUGACCAUUUCAACAACCAGUCUUACUUUAUUGAACACCGACAGCCAACAGAUUAUUGCAAACCAUCAUAUGCAGUCCAUUUCAUUUGCCUCUGGCGGGGAUCCAGAUACUACAGAUUAUGUUGCCUAUGUUGCUAAAGAUCCUGUUAAUCAAAGAGCAUGCCAUAUUUUGGAAUGUCCCUGUGGAAUAGCCCAAGAAGUCAUCAAUACCAUCGGGCAAGCUUUUGAACUCCGGUUCAAACAAUACUUGAAGACUCCUCCUGCUUUGAUUGCUUCCAAAGAAAGAGAUGGGGUGAGACUUGGUGGAUCUACCUGGAAUAUUCAAGAUAAGGAAGAUUGUGGAUACUAUAAUGAAAUCCCUGGGAAGGAGCCACCCAUGGGUGGACUAUCUGAUGCCAGGCUGAAGGUGGUCCCAGAAGAAAGAAUCAACCGUCCCAUCCAUUUCGAACAGCAACAAUGUCUAGAUGAUAGCCCCAAUUCCAAACAGCUGUAUGAAAACUGCCCAGAUGAACACAGAGCAGUAGAUAUCAGCGAACCAACUCAGGCACCAAAUAAAGAUGCUCUGUUGCUGAAAAGUGGGAGCAAAGUGGAUCUUUUUGAUGACCCUCGAUAUAUCAAUACUCAGCACUUAAAAGCCACAUCAGAAUCAUUGGAAACUGUAGAGCAGAAAGUAUCCAGCAAUGUGGCAGGCCUUGGAUGCAGCACAGAUACAAAGCCACAGCUUUGGGAUGAAGAUUGCUACCAUGGGAAGUUAUCCAGGAAAGCAGCAGAGAGCCUCUUAAUGAACAAUGGAGACUUUCUGGUACGGGAAAGCACAACAUCCCCUGGCCAGUAUGUCCUGAGUGGGCUUCAAGGAGGACAAGUGAAACAUCUGUUGUUGGUGGAUCCUGAAGGCAAGGUUAGAACCAAAGAUCAUAUAUUCAAUAGUGUGGAUCAUCUUAUCCGCUAUCAUAUGGAAAACAAAUUGCCAAUCAUCUCCUCUGGAAGUGAAUUAAGGCUGUGCCAGCCUGUAAAAGGGAUGCGACUCCUAAAUAUCCCUAGUGACUAUUCUGGAUGCAGUUCCUGUGCAUACACUUCUAACGAAGAAUAG